AUGAUGGCAACUUUCGGAGACGAUUGGAUUGCUGGUCUGAUUGCGGAGUUGUUGCGUGGAAAUACUAGUUUGCGAGGUACAGAAGGGGCCCAUCAGCGAGGCGUAAGAAGUUUACUUUUUCCAGCCUUGGUCACUUCCAUGAAGUCCAACUCCCGGUCACAACAAAAGACUGGCCAACAGCAGUUUUUGAGGCUCAUACAUGCUGUCAACAUCGUCUUAAAAGAGAGCGAACCUACACCGCUGUAUCUCGUGCAGUUGAUGGGCUUCUGUCGGGCAUGGGAUGCCUACCAAAGCUCGCAUACGAAGGAGCCUCCGACAAGAACCAACAAGUGGGGUAUCCGUGCUAUGAUUGAGUUGGAUAUGGUCUCGGAGCUUCUCGACUGUUACGGUAGAGAUGAUGUCGUGCACAAGGAAACAAGUGAAGCGCUGACGUUCGCCGCAGAGGUGUUGCAGAAUGGGACCAACUGCCCGCCUUCGCUGGAGGGGCUUCUGUACAAAGUCGUAUCUGCACUCAAAGAAGGAGCAGAGAGUGUGAAGAGCUCGAUAUCAGGACCGCUUGAAACAACCGACAAGCAACUUGUAUCGCACUCUAGCGAUGUCCUUCAACGUCUUCUUCGAGCUGUCAAGUUUGCCGAUUUAGCGCAGACACGUCAGCUGAUGAGCCAAGUCAAAGAUGUCGUCGGAACUCUGAGCGAAUUGAGGCAGCAACUGGAGAGGUGGUUUUCGUUUGUGGAGAUGCACGGUGCAGCCUUCGCUGGGAGGGAGUCACGAAUGGAAUUAGCUGUGCUUUGUACCAGACUCAUUCGAUGGUUCCCUGACGACUUUGAUAGUAUGCGGCUCUUGCUCAUGACUCCGCUCGAUUCUCAUUUAAUUGCCGCUUUGAGGGUGUUUGUAAAAGAAGCUGGGAAGACGAGCAGCGCCGUAGAGCAAAAGUCCUUCGGCUCAUCAGCAUCGUCGUUGCCGGCUGCGGUUCGAGUUGAGAUGGCCCUGCACCUGUAUCUGUCGGCUGCUGCGUUUCCAGACCUCGAGGCGCUUACGACGUUACUGACCAAGGCGAUGGUAAAGUGUCGAUCGGCAGAUGCGUUUAACCAUCUCGCGAAAGCUGCCGAAAAGAAUGCGAGGAUUUUGCUGCCAGAAGCUGCGGUGGCGACCUUGAGUUCACCACUGCGGGGAUUGGAGUUCUCAGCUACAGGUGCAAACCACAUUGAGUACGAAGACGACGAUGACGCUCGAGUGAAGGACUACGCAAGACUCGCAAAAUCCGUCAUUUAUCAGGAGAACGCGCUGAAACUGCUGGCAAUGUCUGCCUGUGUUUAUGGUGGAGGCAUUUCGUGGUCUCCGGUGCUCUUUGGCGACCAGGCUGCUGUGGUUUGGUUCCCUUAUUUCUUCGAGUACAUUCUGAAGACAGACAUGUCUGGCGGCUCUCAGCGAGUGAAUGCAUUGCUUGCGUGCUUGGAGGAAUUGACACAGAGUGAAGCCCAACAAGCUCUCCAACAAGGUUUCUGGAUAGCCGCACUUCUGAAUACAGCUCUGGUUGCGUGUUCAAGCCGAAGUGCUGGGGCCUACGAGGAUCCAGGUGGCGAGAUUUACGAUCGAUUGCGGGCGAUUGCACACAAAGUGCUGAACUUGCUCGUCAUUGCCCCCACGGUCGCCGUGGAGUCUCCAAUCCAGCUCUUCCUUCCCUUUUCGCAUUGGUUAUCAGGGGCGCUGGUUUACUCGCAGUCAUUCUUGGAGGAGCCUUCUGCUACGAUGAGGCGUUGGGAGCGCACGUUUACGAGCUACGUGACGGACCUGUACUUGCGCUUGCAGUUUGAAGACGAUGCGUGCAGUCUUCUGGAAGCGUGGCUGAGCACCUGGGUCUCUUCCAAUAUCGUUCGAAGCCAGGAAGAACAACAGCUCCUUGCAUUGCUGCCUUCUCAAGUGGCUUUGUUCCGUCGGCUCGGGUUGACUCCAUAUCGCAGUCAAUCGCCAUGCGGAAAGAGUCAAGUUUCGACGUCCAUUUGGCAGUUGGUCUUUGCUGCUAUUAACCUCGCAGUGGACCAUCACACAAGUGAAAACCCAGCGAGCAUCGACCAAGCAACCGAGUUAGUUGUCAGCACGUUGACGACCUUGGAGCUUGUGGAGUUGUCAGCCUCGUCAGAUUUCGCGCACUUCAUCCGUACACAGGAACUGGAGCCGUUCUUCACUGAGCUAGGGCAAUUUUUAUCGCGACCGCAGCUCCGCGCCUGCAGUGCCGCUCAAGUCUUCUGCCUGUUGCAGUACCCACUGGAGCUGCUGGUAUGUUGCUACGCGUGCAAGAUCCCUGCAGACUUUGAAGCUGAGUCGCAGUUGUUUGUUCAACGCAGUACGGAAUCCGCUGUGCAGGAGGAAGCUUCUACAGAGGAGAUGGACGCCUUUUUGAGGUACUGGGCGGACGAAAUGCUGCUCAAGUACGACUACAUUGACCGCGAGCGGUGUGAAAGUGUGUUAGCAGCCAUCCAAGCUGCAAUACAGGGCGAAGGCGGCGUGCAGUGA